GGGAGAUCACUCCAUAGUCUAUGUCACAGAGUUGACGUUUUGCAAACCUCUGAUUAUGGCAGGUGUGAAGCUUAAUUACAAGUUAGCAGACUGGAUGUCACACCUUCCAGUGAGUUCUGUACAGACACCAUUAAAUCUACUGGCCAUCCCAGGCUCCCACAACACGUUCAGUUACUCCAUCUCUCCAUCUGGAGAUGUGGGGCCUGACCAACCACAAUGGAUACAGGACCUUACCCGUAUGUUUGGUACAGCUGGUAAAGACACACUGUGUCGCUGGGCUCUCACACAGAACCUUAACGUGUCUCAACAACUCGAGCAAGGAAUACGCUAUCUUGACUGUCGUGUCUGCUGGUUCUCAAAAACACAAGAUUUCCACUUCCUGCAUGGACUUAUUGGAGCGAAAGCGGCAACUGGUUUAGAUGAAGUCAGUGCAUUCCUAGUUAAACACCCCAAAGAAGUGAUUAUUUUGGAUUUCUCUCAUUUUUACUCUAUGUCUAAUACAGAUCAUGUUAACCUUCUCACAAUGUUGACAGACAAAUUUGGCAGCAAGAUGUGCCCCUAUAUAGAUAUGGAAAGUGUGACGCUGGAGAUGAUGUGGGAACAUGGACUGCAGGUCCUUAUCAUCUAUCAAAACGACAUUGUCAAGGAACACCUGACCUUUUGGCCUCGGACAACAAUCAGGUCUCCCUGGGCGAACACGUCAAGCAUUCCCGAUCUUAUGUCGUUCAUGGAUAACCAGUAUAAAAGUGGGAGAACUGACAAUGUGUUCUUUGGUUGGCAGGGUGUCGUUACACCAGGAAUGGCCACCAUUGUCUCCAACUUUGGUAGUAGCCUUAAAGAUACACUUGCUAUAAAAUUAGCACCAUUUUUUGUCAGCUGGCUUAAAGAUAAGAAAACUGGUUGUCAUGGAAUCAGUAUCUGCACCAUGGACUUCAUAGAGCAAGCCAACUACGUAUCAACUUUGAUAGAACUGAAUUACAAUGCAUGUUAAAUUCUGUAUGCUUUCUCAGAUACUGCUACAGUGAGUAUUGUGAUAGAAGGUUGUUACAAAGAUGUUGUGUAUAUAUAAUAGUUCACUAAGUGAUCAAUUUAUAUUAUAGGUAACAAAUUCUCUCUCGAGAUCAGUGUAUCAUAGGUAACAAAUUCUC